AUGAAAAAAAAUUCGUUUUUGACCGUUAUUUUACGGUCUUUGAUUAUUAUCGGUUUAAUAUUAAGUGUUUGUUUAAUUUUAUACUUCACACCUUUACCCAAUCAUUAUCCUCAAUCGUGUUCCAGACCUUGUCACGAAUUAGAUUGGCCAAUGAUAUGUAGGAUAAAAUUAACAUUGGAAAGAUUUCAAACUUUGGGAAAUCCAUGCAAAGGUUGUCCAGGUAAUAUAUCCGAUUGUUAUAUAAACGGAUGCAUUACAGUCGAUGGACAAUCGAAAGGUAUAUUAACCGUUAAUCGUCAAUUUCCGGGUCCUACACUCGAGGUUUGCCAAUACGAUAUCGUUUUGGUAGAUAUUGUUAAUAGAAUUCCAGGUCAAAGUUUUGGAGUUCACUGGAGAGGACAAUCUCAAAGCGAAACUCCUUUUAUGGAUGGAGUACCUAUGAUAACACAAUGUCCUAUUCCGAGCCUAACCACAUUUCAAUAUAAAUUCAGAGCAUCCGAACCUGGAACACACAUUUGGCAGGUCAACACGGGAGAAGAAUAUUUGGAUACAUUAUUCGGUCCUUUGAUAGUUAAAAAACCAUAUUCAAAGGAAAUAAAUAAAAAUUAUUAUGAUACCGAUGAUAAAAAAAAUGUCGUCGUCAUUCACACGUGGAAUCCGUUGAAAAAUAAUUUUUUAUACGAAGACGAUGCGUCAAAAACAAAAUUAUUAAUCAACGGUAAAACUCAGGAAAAUGACGUGCCCCCUUUUGUAUUUAACGUUACCGCGGGUAAAAGACACAGAUUUCGUGUUAUUUACGUUGGUAGCGAACCGGAAAAAAAUUGUCAAAUACGAUUUUCCAUAGAUGAACAUAAAUUUUUCGUCAUAGGAUUUGACGGAAAAUCAAUACAACCGGAAAUGGUUACGUCCGUUAAAUUAUUUCCAGGUGAACGUUUUGAUUUUGUACUGUCGGCAAAUCAAAAAAUGGCUUCCUACUCGAUGAAAGCAACGCCUGUUCAAUGUUUAAAUUUAUUAUCCACAUCCGCUUUAAUACAAUACGAAGGAAAUGAAAAAAAAAAUUUCGUAAAUGUUUUCAAUAAUAACGAUUUAUCAUCAUUUCCCGAAUUUUUCGAGAUUUCUACUUCUUUCGACGAAGAUUGCAAAUCAGAUGAAUUUUCACGUAUUUGCAUACAAAAUAUACGUUCGUAUGAAAAAAUUCCAAAAGAAUUAGCAAUCGAAAAACCUGAUUUUAAAUAUUAUUUAAUUAUAGAUUCGACAAUGUCCACCAAUCAUAACAUCGGUAUGAAAGAAACCGUUAGGAUAAAACAAAUAAAUAAUUUGACAAUGUUACUACCAUCGUCUCCCCUCGUAUCUCAAUCUUAUCAAAUAUCACCGGAUUCAUUUUGCGAUGAAAAUUUUAUACCUGAAAAAUGUAAAAAAAAUUUAGUCGAAAAUUUUCCGUGCGAAUGCGUACACGUUGUUAAAAUCCCAUUAAAUUCCGUCGUGGAAUUAGUUUUAGUUAAUAAAGAUGAAAGUGAUCACGUUUUUCAUUUACACGGUUAUUCUUUUCGAAUUGUCGGAAUUUCAAAAGUUCCGACAUUUGUUGCUACAAAAGAACAAAUAAAACAAUUUGAUGACGUAAAUAAACAAAUUUUUAGAAAUUUUAAUUAUCCGGUUGUAAAAGAUACGUUGGCAUUAUCCAGCGGAUAUCUUUACGUGAUAAGAUUUAAGGCUGAUAAUCCAGGUUACUGGUUGUUCGACGAAGAAAAUUCUUCACAUUUUUCAAAAGGUUUAAGUUUAGUUUUUAAAGUCGGUCGUGAAUCGGAUUUUCCAAACGUACCGGAUAAUUUUCCAAAAUGCGGUGAUUGGAUUGGUCCAGAAUUUUUUUUUGCUUAA